AGGGCAAUAAGAAGACUACUGUUUUACAAUUUGGCCUUCUCUUUUACCUCCUCGAUCUCUCUGCAGCUGCUGCGAAGAGGUUACGCAGAUACAGAUAGAGAGAGUAAUAGACAGGAAGCACAGAGAGAGAGAGAGAGAGAGAGAGAGCUGUGUCUGAAUCUAUAGGGCUGGGCUGAUUAUAUAUCGAAUCCUAUUUCAAUUUGUCAAGAACUCCUCUCCUCCUAGACCUUCAAUCAGACGAUUGUCAUUUGACGGAGUGGAACACUAUGCAGACGGAUCAGACAGUGAUAAGCUUGAGACCAGGAGGUGGCGGUGCUCUGCGCACCACCAGAUUUCUAAGUCAUCGCUUCGAUUCUUCUUCUUCUUCUUCCUCUGAUGCUCUCACUCUACGCCCUCAUAGCAGCGGUCUUGCUCCGUUUCUUAAGACCGGUGACUUGCGGUUUGAAGAUCGUGAGCAUGUCCAGUACACUCGAGACCAGCUGUUCGAGCUUAGGGAGGUUGUCUCUAUCCCCGAGGAGAUUUUGAAGAUCAAACAAGAAGUAGAAGCUGAGUUUGGUGGCGAGGAUCAAGCUUGGGGUCAUGCUGAAAGCAAUCUGCAACCACAAUCUCAAUCUCAUGGUCGGUAUUCUGAGCCAGACAACCGUGAUUGGCGGGGGCGAUCUGCACUGCUUUCUGCUGGAGAUGACAAAUCCAGGGAAGCAACUAGAGGCAAUAAGGAAUUUUCAAAUUUGUAUGAAUCAAAUAACCACCAGGACUCACAGCCAGCAAGGGGCCAAAUUUCUGGUAACCAAGGGGUAGGACCUAUUCCUGCCCUAGUCAAGGCUGAAGUUCCAUGGUCAGUACGAAGAGGGAAUCUCUCUGAUAAGGAACGUGUCUUGAAGACAGUGAAAGGCAUACUGAACAAAUUGACCCCCGAGAAAUAUGAUAUCCUCAAGGGUCAGCUGAUUGACUCAGGAAUUACAACUGCAGAUAUUUUAAAGGAUGUUAUCUCAAUUAUAUUUGAGAAGGCUGUGCUGGAGCCAACAUUUUGUCCCAUGUAUUCUCUUUUAUGCUUUGAUCUUAAUGAGAAGCUUCCCCCAUUCCCAUCUGAGGAGUCCGGUGGUAAAGCUGUCACUUUCAAGCGGAUCCUAUUGAAUAAUUGCCAGGAGGCUUUUGAAGGUGCCGACGACCUAAGGGCAGAAAUUAGGCAGAUGACUUCCCCUGAGCAAGAAAUGGAACUGAGAGACAAAGAACGAAUGGUUAAGUUGCGAACAUUAGGAAACAUACGCCUAAUUGGGGAACUUUUGAAGCAGAAGAUGGUACCGGAAAAGAUUGUUCACCACAUAGUCCAGGAGCUUCUAGGACAGGAUGACAAAACAUGUCCUGCUGAGGAGAAUGUUGAGGCAAUAUGUCAAUUUUUCAAUACGAUCGGUAAGCAGCUAGAUGAGAACCCAAAAUCUCGUCGAUUUAAUGAUGUCUAUUUUAGUAGGUUGAAGGAGCUAACUACAAACCCCCAACUUGCACCACGUUUGAGGUUCAUGGUCCGAGAUGUUCUUGAUUUACGGGCCAACAACUGGAUCCCUAGACGUGAAGAGGUGAAAGCAAAGACCAUUACUGAAAUUCAUUCAGAGGCUGAAAAGAAUCUAGGGUUGCGUCCAGGUGCAACGGCAAUGAUGAGAAAUGGAUAUAAAGCUGGGGUCCUUGGAAAUUUGAGCAGUGGAGGUUUUCCUGUUACUAGACCUGGCCCUGGAGGUUUUAUGCCUGGAAUGCCUGGGACUAGGAGGAUGCCAGGAAUGCCUGGGUUCGAUAAUGACAACUGGGAGGUUUCUAGAUCCCGUUCCUUACCAAGGAGUGAUGCUCUGGGUUCUGUUCAGUCUGUUGCGCGUGUUCAGCCUCCUAUUCUUGGCAAAACACCCUCCAUUAACUCAAAAUUUCUACCUCAAGGUAGUGGUGGUGUCAUAACUGGAAAAGCAAGUGCCUUAUUGCAGGGUGAGGGUGGUGGGGUUACUUCUUCCCAACCUAAGUCAGUUUCAGAAGUUGAACCUUUUACUCAGAACACCAAGCCUGGAACCCCAGUUCCAUCAGCAAUUCCCCCUGAAAAACUACCAGUUCCCUUAACCGGAUCAAGCUCUGCUGCACUUCAUCGAAAAACUGUCUCUCUCUUAGAGGAAUAUUUCAGUGUUCGAAUUCUUGAUGAAGCACUUCAAUGUGUGGAAGAGCUGAAGUCCCCCGCUUACCAUCCUGAGGUUGUUAAAGAAGCAAUUUCUCUUGCCCUGGAAAAAAUACCCCCGUGUGUGGAACCGAUUGUAAAGCUUCUAGAGUUCUUGCUCGACAAAAAAGUAUUUACCGCUAAAGAUAUAGGGACUGGAUGUCUUCUAUAUGGGUCAAUGUUGGAUGAUGUUGGCAUUGAUUUACCAAAAGCACCAAAUAACUUUGGUGAGGUACUUGGGAAAUUGGCAUUGGCUGGCGGGCUAGACUUUGUGGUUGUAAAGGAAGUCCUGAAGAAGGUAGAAGACGAUAUGUAUAGGAAGGUUAUUUUUUAUGCUGCAAUGAGGAGCAUUAAUGCUAGUCCUUCUGGUCAAGGACUGUUGACAAAGCAGGCUAUUGAGAUUCAGGCUUGUGAGAGUUUACUCGCUUAAUUGCGGCCCAAUUCUAGCCAUCACGGCGAGCUCUCUGUUUGGCUGUACGUACCAGGGGGAUUGAGCAGUAGUUUUGUUUUUCUUAUCUCUCAUCAUUUUGACCUUAAAAAAAAAAAAAAAAAAAAAAAAAUAUUCCCCCAUGUUACAAUAUCUGAGCAGUGAACUGAGAAAACAGCCAUUGAUUUUAUUGAGUUGUAUAUUUUCCGGGUUUUUAAAUUUAGUUUUGUUAAUCGGGGAACAUAAUUUUCUUGUAUUUUUCUUGGGUGGAUUAAUUUUUACCAAGAAUGGUCAAAGAUGAGUAGUGUCUAAUGUAGUCCUAUUGUUGUUACUAUAGAUUUUAUUACUUAUGUGUAGCAAGUACCAGAACUUUGUACCUGGCUGGUUCCUGGCCCCUAAUUUUUUUUCUAGAUGGAUAAUACCCUGCUUUUUUUUGUCUUUA